UGAUGGUCCAGUGGCUGCAGUAACACAAGUUCAUCAUUGUCCCGAGUUAGAGGAGCGGCGCGGGUCUUGCCCGGUUCUGCAGAACGACUGGUAUCCUUCACCGCGACAUGCCAACGCUCGGGUUGUGACAUUCCUGGGGACAGUGGAGAGCCGCGAGCCUGCCCUGCACUCCAAAGCAACACUUUUUGGAGCCGUGUUUGCUGCUGUGACCAGCCACCGUGCCCCUGGCGAAGCCUCAGCUGGUUCCGUCCACUUCCUGCACGCCUUCCGUGGGUUUGUCCGUGGAUCCUUUGGAGAUCCAUCUUGUAAAUGUUCAGCAUUUUGCUGCUUGCCUGCUUUUUUCUGGGAACUGUUCCAGCGCUUGCCGAGACUGGCGGAGAGAGGCGACUGAGCCCAGAGAAGAGCGAAAUAUGGGGACCCGGGCUAAAAGCAGACGUCGUCCUUCCCGCCCGCUACUUCUACAUUCAGGCGGUGGAUCGGUCAGGGGAUCCAUUCACAUCUUCUCCGGGGGAAAAGGUGUUCCAGGUUAAAAUCUCAGCACCUGAUGAGCAGUUCACUAGAGUUGGAGUCCAGGUUUUAGACCGGAAGGAUGGAUCCUUCAUAGUAAGAUACAGAAUGUAUGCAAGCUACAAAAAUCUGAAGGUGGAAGUAAAAUGCCAAGGUCAACAUGUGGCCAGCUCUCCAUACAUUUUAAGAGGGCCAGUUUACCAUGAGAACUGUGACUGUCCUUUGGAAGAUAGUACAGCCUGGCUAAGGGAGAUGAGCUGCCCAGAAACCAUUACUCAGAUUCAGAAAGAUCUGGCACAGUUCCCUACUGUUGACCCUGAAAAGAUUGCAGCAGAAAUCCCAAAAAGAUUUGGACAGAGGCAGAGCCUGUGUCACUACACCAUAAAGGACAACAAGGUUUAUAUCAAGACUCAUGGUGAGCAUGUAGGUUUUAGAAUUUUCAUGGAUGCCAUCCUACUUUCUUUGACUCGAAAGGUGAAGAUGCCGGAUGUGGAAUUUUUUGUUAAUUUGGGAGACUGGCCUUUGGAAAAAAAGAAAUCCAAUUCAAACAUCCAUCCAAUCUUUUCCUGGUGUGGCUCCACAGAUUCCAAGGAUAUCGUGAUGCCCACCUAUGACUUGACCGACUCUGUUCUAGAAACCAUGGGCCGCGUGAGUCUGGAUAUGAUGUCUGUGCAAGCCAACACGGGGCCUCCUUGGGAAAGUAAGAACUCUACAGCUGUCUGGAGGGGGCGAGACAGCCGCAAAGAGAGACUCGAGCUGGUGAAACUCAGUAGAAAACACCCAGAGCUCAUCGAUGCUGCUUUCACCAACUUCUUUUUCUUUAAGCAUGAUGAGAGCCUGUACGGUCCCAUUGUGAAACACAUCUCGUUUUUUGAUUUCUUCAAGCAUAAGUAUCAAAUAAAUAUCGAUGGCACUGUAGCAGCGUAUCGCUUGCCCUAUCUCCUGGUUGGUGACAGUGUUGUGCUGAAGCAAGACUCCAUCUACUAUGAACACUUUUACAAUGAGCUGCAGCCCUGGAAACACUACAUUCCAGUUAAAAGCAACCUGAGCGAUCUGCUGGAAAAACUUCAGUGGGCAAAAGAUCAUGACGAAGAGGCAAAGAAGAUAGCAAAAGCAGGACAAGAAUUUGCAAGAAAUAAUCUUAUGGGAGAUGACAUAUUCUGUUACUAUUUCAAGCUUUUCCAGGAAUAUGCCAAUUUGCAAGUGAAUGAGCCCCAAAUCCGAGAGGGGAUGAAGAGGGUAGAACCACAGACUGAGGAUGACCUGUUUCCUUGCACGUGCCAUAGGAAGAAGACCAAAGAUGAACUCUGAUAUGCAAAAUACCUUCCAUUCAAAUAAUGGUGCUCUGAAGACUCUUAACAGAAAAGAAGAAUAUUUUUAAGUAUUAAUUCCACAGACAAUAUAAAAUCUACUGUGUGUUUGUUUGCAUUGUCAAGGUGUUUCUACUUGUGCAGUAUUCCCAUGACUGUCUUUUAUGGCACAUUUUUAGAAUUUUAUAAUAAAACCACCUUUAUUUUAAAGG